AUGCCGGGCCCACCUGAGGAAGGGGACCCAGAGGAAGAGAUCCCCCUCAGUGGCCUAGCCCAACUAGUAGUGUCCCCCAAGGACUGGUGGUCCGAGUCUGUUGUCGAGGAGUUCAUGACCACAGUCGAGCCCUCUUUCCCCAGUCUGGGGAGAUCGAGCCACUUCCUGCAAAAGGGCAUAUCCCGACGUCGCCACAGAAUGCUGGCACUUAGACUCGCUGCGGUUGCCCUCAUGACUGUGGUGGCCCUAAGCCUCUUUUUCGGUACGAGGUCGUUGCAGAAUCGUCGAAGGGCCAUCACUCAAGACCUUGAGACGCUCGACUCUACCCGUCUGGUUGCUCUACUGGAUGAGCUACUGGGCCCUAAUGCCCGUAUGAAGGCCAUUCUGCCGCAGUUUUACCUUCAACGUGAGCCCAAGUGA